GUCGACUUCGGCAGAAUUUGAACUCUGAACGUAAAGAUGGACGAAAUGCCGCUAAGCAUUUUGCCCGUCGUGCUAAUGAUUCUACCAACUCGUCGCUUUAUAUCGAUAACAAUUCACUCUUUUACCACAGAAUCUAUCGUUUCGUACCAAUGUAAGAAAACAUUAUGUAAAUGCUGAUAGAGUUGUCGGACUUGAGAAGCUGAACCGAACAGCGAAAAAAGAAAGUAACAUACAAGAACUAACUAAAUAAAUUAUAUACCUUAUUUAACCAUUCCCGAUCAGCUCUAAUCAGGCGUACAUUAGUGUGAUUAUCUUGCUUUACUCUCAAAUGUAGAGUAUUCAAAGCUACACAUUCAAAUGUGGCCUUCCUUUUUAAAAUAGUAGAAUGUAGUUUGAAAGAUAUUUAGUUGCCUCACAAGUAAAUAGUAUAGUUUCGCGUUAUACCUUUAUUUCAUAUAAAAAAGAAAAAGGGAAACCAGAAGAGAACGAGCAGAUAAUUGAUGUUGCUCAACCGUCCUUUCUGUCUCUCUCUCCUCUUGACUCUCUCUCUCUUUCUCUCUCCUGUUGACUCUCCAACGCCAUCUUCGCUUUUUCUGGCCGACAUUGUCGUUGUUCUUCGACCAAAAACUUUAUAAGAUUUUUAAAAUCUCACCAAAACGAUGAUUUUGAAAUAUUUAUAGUACUCACUAACAGCUCCGUCUGGUAAUCUAACAGUUAUUUCAGAGUACUCUGACUGGAAAGAGAUUAUUUGAUUUAUUUCAAACGAAAUCUCUUCACCGUUUUCGUUGUUUUCAUUUCUUCUUAAAGAGUCUCUUAAAGACCAUGGUCUUUUAUUACACCAGCACCGUUGUAUCUCCGAGCUACCAGAUUUACAUGGGUUUAGACAAGUAUGAGAAUGAAGAUCUUAUCAAAUGGGGAUUUCCAGAAGAUGUAUGGUUUCAUGUUGAUAAAGUUUCCUCUGCCCAUGUCUACCUACGUCUACAUAAGGGAGACUCAAUAGAUGAUAUCCCACAGACUGUGAUUGAUGACUGUGCUCAGUUAGUCAAAGCAAACAGCAUUCAAGGCAACAAAAUGAACAAUGUAGAUGUAGUUUAUACAAUGUGGAGUAACCUGAAGAAAACACCAAGUAUGGAUGUGGGGCAGGUUGGAUUUAAUUCAGAAAAAGAGGUACACAGAGUGCAUGUCGAAAAGAGACAGAAUAGUAUCGUGAACCGGUUACUAAAGACCAAGGAAGAAAGAUCACCUGACCUUCGAGCUGAACGAGAGCAACGAGACAAAGAGGAGCAAGCUGAGAAACGGAAGCAGAUUCUCCUGGAGAAACAGCGAGAGAAGGAGGAGAUCAGACGACGGAAAGAACAAGAAGAGCUAAGGUCUUAUGCGUCUCUGAUGAAACCAGAAAACAUGACAUCAAAUUUCGACUCUGGCAAUGACUCUGAUGAUUUCAUGUGACUCCAGCUUCUUUUUCAAAUGAUAUCAGCAAAUAUUUGAUGGGUAAACAACCAGUUGUUUCAUUUUGGGAAUUCUCACUUGCCAUCCUCCCAAUCUAGACCCUCUCAAACCUCUUGGCUAUAUUACAUUCCACUUUGAAGAAGCACCAAACACCCAGAAUACUUUGGAAUUUGAUUUCUGUAGCUAUAUAUAUAUAUAUAUAUAUAUAUAUAUAUAUAUAUAUAUAUUUAAAAUGUUUGUUUGUAUGCUUGUAUGUAAUGUGUGUGUAUAUGACUUUGUAUACAUAUGUUUGUCUUCGUGUACUUGUAUAUAUGUGUGUUUAUUAUAUAAGCCCACAUGUAUAUAUAAAUAUACACUUAUGCAAACACAUAUCUGUGUGACUUUAUACACAAACACAUUCUUGUGUGGUUAUGGAUGUAUACACAUAUACAUAAAUGUAACAAGACAGUAGGGAAGAGAGAGAGAGAGAGAGAGAGAGCGAGUGAGUGAGUGAAAGACAAGUGUAUAAAAGACAACACCUGAGCAUUUUUACUGAGUGAAAUGUGAUUCCAAUCUGUAAAGACAUCCAAGCUUCUUGUGUGGCUUUGUUAAUAAACUUCACAAUAAACAUAAGCGGACAUAUUUGAA